UGUAGGGUUGUGUAUAAUUGGCACUUCCGCCGAUUUUUGUUUGUCACAUUUGCAAAAUCAUUCUGUAUUUUCGGGAUGAAUUUAUGGUGAUAAUUGGUCAUAUCUUUGCACAAAAACUUUAGAUUUCAUUAUAAAAAAUUAAAACUCGUUCCAAACCAAGCCAUUUGUAAAAAUGCCCGUGACAACGGAUGUCGAAAUGAAGGAAGCGUCGACGCCAGAAAAGGCGAAAAAAGAUGAAGAGAAGAAAGAAGAACCACCAAAAGACCCCGAACUUCUAACAUUAGAAGAUAUACGUGACUAUAUUAAGAAUAUUGAAAAGUCAGUAGCAACUAAGGAGCCAAGGUUUAUGCUGCGUGUUUCCCGUGGAAUAAACUCAGUCCGACAUCGAUUGAAUAACAACAUUUUACGGAAACUUCUCCAGGCUUACCUGCAAGCACAAACACAGCUUCCUGUCAGAGAUGAGUUGCUCUUAUACCUUGAUGAGCCAAUGCUGACGAAUGGAACGGGUGCUCAGCCAUUUCGGCCACGAUCAGGCAAGCUGGCUGCCAACCCCGUGAUCCCAGAGAUUGAGGUGUACCUUAAUCUGCUCCUUCUCAUCCACCUCAUAGACAUUAAAAAGUUAGACAAGGCAUUGGUGUGUUCCGAGAAGCUGAUGGUAAAGAUUGGCAGCCAGAACAGGCGUACCCUGGAUAUCCUCGCAGCCCGAUGCUACUUCUACCACUCUAGGGUCUAUGAACUUAAGAACCAACUAGAGAAAGUCAGGAAUUUCUUCCACUCCCGGCUACAGACUGCAGUGUUGAGAUCAGACUUUGAUGGUCAAGCCAGCUUACUCAACCUCCUGUUAAGAAAUUACCUGCACUACAAUCUCAUAGAGCAGGCUGACAAACUGGUAUCAAAGUCCACGUUCCCGGACCAUGCUUCCAACAAUGACUGGGCUAGAUACCUGUACUACUUAGGAAAGAUCAAAGCCCUACAGUUGGAGUACUCCGAGGCCCACAAGCACUUGCUACAGGCCCUAAGAAAGGCACCCCAGCAUGCAGCCGUGGGAUUCAAACAAACAGUACAGCGACUGGCGAUAACAGUGGAGUUAUUACUGGGAGACAUACCGGACAGAGCAACCUUCAGGGUACCGACCUUGAAGAAAACAUUAGCCCCGUAUUUCCAACUCACACAAGCUGUUAGGACAGGUAAUCUGCCCCGGUUUAACGAGGUAUUGCAUCAGUUUGGGGCCAAGUUCCAGGGCGAGGAUACAUACACGUUGAUCAUCCGCCUGCGACACAACGUGAUUAAGACUGGCGUACGCAUGAUCAAUCUCUCCUACUCCCGGAUCUCUCUCAUGGAUAUUGCACAGAAACUGGCUCUUGACAGUCCUGAAGAUGCUGAGUACAUUGUAGCAAAGGCAAUACGUGAUGGUGUUAUUGAGGCCACUAUAGACCAUGAGAAGGGCUACGUUCAGUCCAAGGAGACCCUGGACGUGUACAAGACGAGGGAACCAAUGGCUGCCUUCCAUCAGAGAAUCACCUUCUGUCUCGACAUACACAACAACUCUGUCAAGGCAAUGAGGUUCCCCCCGAAGUCUUACAACAAGGACCUUGAAUCAGCCGAGGAAAGACGAGAACGGGAACAACAGGAGCUUGAAAGCGCCAAGGAAAUAGCCGACGAGGAUUUUGAUGGCUUCCCUUAACACUUGCAGUGCAGUGUUUUCAUGCUUGUACUGCCUCGUGUUAUGUUAGACUUUUGUGUAUAUUUUGGUGCAGUCUUUGACCCAUGCAGUUGAGAGUCUUCUAUGACUUAAUCGUUUAUGAAUAUAGAUACUGUUUCAUUAAUUGGAAGUAUAUUUGUGUAGGGACUGCAUUUUAAAGUAAAAGAUAUUUCCAGAUUGGAGAUGAGAUCAGAGGUAAUAAAGGGAAAUGCCUGAAUGGAGGUUUUUCUGUUACAAGGUAGAUGUUACCUUUUUUCAGAAUUGCUCAUUGACUAUUUAUUCAAUGUGUUACAAGUGCUAGAAAGUAUCAUAAUAACAUAUUUAUAAGCAAAAUGGUUCUGAGUGACAUUAAACAAAGAAGGAGAUAUUUUUCAUUUCAGCCCUCAAAUUAAACCAUAUCUACGGUUUGCUUUGGAAAUAAGGAUUUAUAAUAUGUAGUGAACUUCUAAUGUAUUUGCUUGUUAAAAGAGUUGGACUGAAGAUUUCAAAGGCAUCUUAUAACACAAUCCAUUUUAUAGUCUAUGUCAACUAUUAUGUUCUAUGAAAUUAAAUUCAUAUCAAAAAA